AUGGCCGUCUCGACCCUCGCCCGCCCCAUGCUCCGCUCGCCGGCCCUCCGGAUGGCCUCGCGCCGCUUCGAGAGCACCGCCGCCAGCAAGGCCACCGAGGCUGCCAAGGACACUGCCAGCAAGGCUCAGCAGGGCCUGUCGCGCGUGACGAGUGCUGCCGGCCCCGCCAUCGCCGGCGCGGCCAAGGGCGUCACCAAUGCCCUGGGCCGCAUCGGCGGGCGCACUGGCAAGGUCAUUGCCUUUGUUGAGCGACAAACGCCCUUCGUCGUCUACUACUCCAAGGUUGGCCUGGAGCUCGGCAAGCUCGUGUUCCAGGGCCAGAAGAUGAGCCCUCCUUCCGUGGCCACCUUUCAGACCUACUACCAGAACCUGUGGCGCUCCAUCCAGUCCGGCACCAUCUUCCAGGCUCCCGCCAACCUCCUCCAGUCCGUCCGCAGCCUCAGCACCGCGCAGCUGGCCACCGGCGGCGUCAUCCUGGCCGAGUGCCUCGGCUUCUUCACCGUUGGCGAGAUGAUUGGCCGCCUCAAGCUCGUCGGCUACCACGGCGAGACCGCCCACCACUAA